CUCUCCCCCGCCCUCGGCCUGGUGUAGAUCAUGCCGCCAGUGGCGGCCCUGACUGCCGAGGAAAGGGUAGCCUAGGAGAGUGUGCUGUAAAGUGACACUGCUUCUCCCUGCCCCACCUGACCUCCUAGAGAGAGGCACGGCCCCCGCCGCGUGAGGGGGUGGGGAAGUGGGUAGUGAAUUCGGAUCCACCUUGGAGGAGGGAGUGGAAGUUCCCGCCCCGGACAGCGGCGAGGCGGCAGCCACAGCUGAUUAUGGAAGAUUCCCACAAGCGUAACACUCCAGAGACAGCACCUCAACCUGGUUCAGCAGUUCAGGGAACUCAUAUUUCACAUAUUGCUCAACAGGUAUCAUCUUUAUCAGAAAGUGAAGAGUCUCAGGACUCAUCUGACAGUAUAGGCUCCUCCCAGAAAGCCCACGGGAUUCUAGCACGGCGUCCAUCUUACAGAAAAAUUUUGAAAGACCUAUCUUCUGAAGACACGCGGGGCAGAAAAGGAAACGGAGAAAACCCUGGAGUUUCUGCUGUCACGUCUAUGUCUGUUCCAACUUCCAUCUACCAGACUAGCACCGGACAGUACAUUGCCAUUGCCCCAAAUGGAGCCUUACAGCUGGCCAGUCCAGGCACAGAUGGAGUACAGGGACUUCAGACAUUAACCAUGACAAAUUCGGGCAGUACUCAGCAAGGCACAACAAUUCUCCAGUAUGCACAGACCUCUGAUGGACAGCAAAUACUUGUGCCCAGCAACCAGGUGGUUGUACAGACUGCAUCAGGAGAUAUGCAGACAUAUCAGAUCCGUACCACACCUUCAGCUACUUCACUGCCACAAACUGUGGUGAUGACGUCUCCUGUGACUCUUACAUCUCAGACAACUAAGACAGAUGACCCCCAAUUGAAAAGAGAAAUAAGAUUGAUGAAAAACAGAGAAGCUGCUCGAGAAUGUCGCAGAAAGAAGAAAGAAUAUGUGAAAUGCCUGGAAAAUCGAGUUGCUGUCCUGGAAAAUCAAAAUAAGACUCUAAUCGAAGAGUUAAAAACUUUGAAAGAUCUUUAUUCCCAUAAAAGUGUUUGAUUCUUCAGAAAGAAAAUAUUUUUGUGGACUUGCCUAAAAAUUAGAUGGAUUUUUUUUCUUUCUAGUGGAGUUUUAUAAGUUAAAAGGUCAAAAAUGAAGACUUUUAUUUAGGCUUUUGCAACUGAAAGAUAACUAUCUUAUGCAAGAGAUCUGGUGACAGAGGAUAAAGUGGAGAAUGACCUCAAGGAAGUUACUGGCACAACCGGAAGCUCUGUAAACUUAAACAUACACAAACUCAGGAAACAGUAAAUGAACUUGCACAUUUAAAAUUUCCAAAUAACAAUAGCUGUCAAUAAUCCAAAAAUAGAUAAGAUGAAAUUUGGUAAAUUGAAUUUUUAAAAAUGAAUCAGUUUACCCUAUAGGUUUGCAUUUCUUACUGUUUCCUAAAAUCUACCUUUUCAGUUGUGUAUUUUAUUUCUACAACAAAUCCUUAAUUACAAA